AUGGUAAAUGACCAAACCCUAGCGUCGGCCGGCUUGGUGAACCUCCUUCUGCCAUGGCUACCGCCGCCUCCAAGCUCUGCUUUACCACCCUCUUCACCCCCUCCGCCUCCCCCAUCAGCUUCCUCAACUGCCGCUCUACCUCCUCCGCCGCCACAAAUUAACCCAUCCUCCGCCAUCUCCAUUCUCAGCUGGACCUCCUCCACCAACACUGCCCGGUUCAGCUUCUGCUCCGUGUACAGCGGCCACAACAACAUCGGCACGCUCGUCCUCACCGCCACCUGUGGGGCCCACGACAUCACCUCCAAACUCUCGAAUUCAGUGGAUUCCCGAUCGAGCAGCAGCGCCACCACGUCGGACGGCGGGAAUGGAAGUAGGCCCGAGAACUUGAGGAGCGUGUCCCUCAUGUCCUUGAAGCUCACGACGGUCGCGCCUCCAUUUUUAAUGGAGGUCAUCAUCUUGAGGAAGAACGCCGUGGCAGCGACUCGACGUGUCCUUGAUUUUUAA